AUGAUUACCGGAUGUAGGGGAGCUGCUCUAGCAGGAAAUAUCGAGGCACUCUAUACAUCCAUUCAAGAAGAUGGAGAUGUUUUGAAGCGCAUUGAUGAGGUGGAGUUUGUUGACACUCCCUUACACAUAGCUGCAGCCGCAGGGCACACCGAUUUUGUGAUGGAGAUGAUGAACUUAAAGCCAUCAUUUGCUAAGAAGUUGAACCAACGUGGCUUUAGCUCCCUUCACCUGGCCUUGCAAAACGGGCAUAAAGAGACGGUGCUUCGUCUCCUGGAAAUUAAUAAAGAUCUUGUUCGUGUUAAAGGGAAGGAGGGCUACACUCCUUUGCAUUAUGUAACUAGAGAAGGAAACCUUGAUCUUUUGGCCAAAUUUUUGGAGGAUUGUCCUGAAUGCAUCUUUGACGUGACAAUUCACAACCAGACUGCUUUUCACAUUGCUGUUGAAAACGAUAGAUUAGCUGCUCUUCAUGUCUUAUCCAAGAUGCUGCAGAAGACUGAUUGUUGUCAAGGCGUGGUAAACCGGAAAGAUAAGGAUGGCAACACUGCCUUGCAGAGAGCUGCAGCCAAGAAUUACCCCCAGGUCAUCAAUUCUCAUUUACCCGCUCUAAUUAAUUUUACUUUUGCAUGCAAGGCUGAUAAAAAUGCGACCAAUCAAGCUGGUUUAACCGCUCUGGAUGUUGCGCGGGACCAGGUUAACAACCGAGAGAGCAUUAAUAUACUUGGAGUUUGUUCAUUUGCUGGAGUUUCAACUUUAUAUGAGUUGUGGCAACCGAUCGUCAACUUUUUAACAAUGGCAUCAACGGAGAUUUUUCAGGAUAUAGAUAGCAUAUCAAGCGAGGACCGCAACGCUUUAUUAGUAAUAUUAGGACUGCUACUAACAGCCACCUACCAAGCAAUUCUUAGCCCGCCUGGUGGCGUUUGGCAGGGUGAAGUUUCCGAAACUCGUUUAAGCCCGCCUAGUGGAGCUCCAACCUCCACUCCCACUCCCACUCCAACCCAUUCUACAAAAAGUAGAAAUAUGGUAGGAAGAUCACUCUUGGGUCCAAAUGAAUUUCUUGCUUUCUAUCUUACAAUCUGUGCAGUCUUUAUAGUAGCGUUUUGCUUAACAUUGGGCCUCCUUAAACCUUUUCCCCGAGGUUUCAAGACUGCUCUUCAGGAUAUGAUAUAUCUCUCAACCCUCAAGCCCACCUUCAAAUUUAGGAUGACAGAUAUCAGACAUGAAGAACAAAUAAGUCCAGAAGAAAUCAUAAAUGGCAGAAUAUCAAGAGAAGAAGGAACUGAAGUUGGAAGCAACAAGGAGAGAAAUCGUGCCUCAAAGGAACACAAGCCAUAG